UGCGCGCGCCUCCCGGGUGGAUUGCGUCCCCAAGCGCCAGAGCCCGGCAGGAAGCGACAAAAAUGAGGAAGUUGAGAUACAGAGACUUCUGAACCUGCCCAAGACCACAGCUAUACUUAGGAAGAAAAGCAGCAAGAGAUUCAUGUCUCGCCAGUCUGCCAGAGUUGUUUGAGGAGGACAGCAAAUAGGAUUUCUCUCUGACCGAGCAGACAGUUGAGGACACAGUCUAAGAAUGAAUGUUCACUGUGGCAGUGAUGGGGACAGGUUAUUGAGGCAGGAGGCCAGCUGCCUAGUGGAUGAUACCUCAGCUGCAGCCCCAGAAAAAGAAGCAAACAGCCUGGCUUCAUCUGCUCUUCAAAACCUUAAUUAUCCUCUAGGUCCCAGGAAUGAUGAUAUUUCACUUGACUAUACCUCUCAGCCAGCAAAUCUUCAGUUCUCUCACGUAAUGCCACUUCCUGAAGACAUCACAGGCUCUUGCUUCCAAACUGGAAAUAAACGGAACCAUGAACCUUUUACUGCUCCAGAACGAUUUGGAAACAGCAGUUUGGGCUUUGGCAGUAACUCCCAUUCCCAAGCGCCAGAGAAAGUGACACUUCUUGUAGAUGGCACACGUUUUGUUGUGAAUCCACAAAUUUUUACUGCUCAUCCGGAUACCAUGUUGGGAAGGAUGUUUGGACCAGGAAGAGAGUACAACUUCACACGGCCCAAUGAGAAGGGAGAGUACGAGAUUGCUGAAGGAAUCAGUGCAACUGUAUUUCGCACAGUGCUGGAUUACUACAAAACUGGUAUCAUCAAUUGUCCUGAUGGCAUCUCUAUCCCAGACCUUAGAGAUACAUGCGAUUAUCUCUGCAUUAACUUUGACUUCAACACUAUCCGAUGUCAAGAUCUGAGUGCUUUACUGCAUGAGCUGUCCAAUGAUGGAGCUCACAAGCAGUUUGACCACUACCUCGAAGAGCUGAUCCUGCCCAUCAUGGUAGGCUGUGCCAAGAAGGGGGAGCGAGAGUGCCACAUCGUUGUACUGACAGAUGAGGAUUCUGUGGACUGGGAUGAAGAUCACCCCCCACCCAUGGGGGAGGAAUAUUCCCAAAUUCUUUAUAGCUCCAAACUCUACAGAUUCUUCAAAUACAUUGAGAAUCGGGAUGUCGCAAAAACAGUAUUAAAGGAACGGGGCCUGAAAAACAUUCGCAUUGGAAUUGAAGGUUAUCCUACGUGUAAAGAAAAGAUUAAGAGAAGACCUGGUGGCCGGUCUGAAGUAAUCUAUAAUUAUGUGCAGCGUCCUUUUAUCCAGAUGUCAUGGGAAAAGGAAGAAGGAAAGAGUCGCCACGUAGAUUUCCAGUGUGUUCGAAGCAAAUCCCUCACCAAUCUGGUAGCUGCUGGAGACGAUAUCUUGGAGGACCAGGAGAUAUUAAUGCAUCACCCACCUCAAGUGGAUGAACUUGACCGGCUAAAUGCCCCACUUUCACAGAUGGCUUCUAAUGGCUUUCAGGAUUAGGGCCAAAUGUGGGUUCAUCCCUUCUGGGAGCUUCUUUCUCUCUGGGAUGUCCAAAACCAAUCCUCACCAUUCUCCCCAUGGUUUGUCUCACCCUGAGUAAGGAACGUGCUUUUUCCCUUUUUCCCACAGUUAACAUGGGUCCUUUUUAGUAAGUUCCUGCCUCCAACAAGAGAUGAAGUAGCACUGGUAUUUAAGCUACCAGCUUUACAGCAGCCCUGGAAACUUGAAAUUUUGAGGUCUGGUGCUGUUCACUGAGUCUUUGUGUAAUUGCAAAAGCAAGAAAGGAAGUCAAGAUUCCUGUUGCCUCAUAUUCAGCAAAGCAGUCCUCAUCCUUUACACUCAGUUAUUGGUUUUUGUUUGUUUUGUUUUUUUUAUACUGGGCAAAUCGCUUAGUAGCAAAGGGACCAAACUUAAAAGGAGACAAUCUCUUAGCUCCUAAAAGCAGGUACUGAUGGGAUGCUCAUUGGAGGUUGAGAAUGCCAUUCCUGCUUCAGGAUGUCCAAAAGGAAAUUCUUCUUAACGAACUUAAAUUCAGUUUUGUUUUUCAUUAGUGUAGUGAACAAUCCCAAAUCUCACAGAGAUUCUUUGGCAGAAAGGGUAAUGGCAUAACAAUGUCUAUAAAACCUUUUUAGUUUCAGGGUUUUUGAGCCGAAGCAAGUUGAUUAUUCAUUUGUACUGAAGCUCAUAACUCAAAUGGAAGAAACGCUCCGUAUCAAUCCACUUUGAUUAUCCUGGCUUGGACUCUGGUUUGAAGCCAUAGUUCUUGAUACCCUGGGUCAGCACAGUGCUAUGUGAGUAGAUGGGAGACCCCAGGUGUGGUUUCAAGGCUUCCAGGAUGGCUGGGGGGUGGGGUUGGGGUGGAGUAGUGGUUCUCAAAACUGCUUAGUUUUUCAAUCGAAAGGCCCAGGGAAGGGAAAUUUGAGGUGAAACUGAGUGGGAAAAUGUCACCACCUCACAAGCUGUCCCUAUGCAGUAUUUUUCUUUAUAAUCUUUUCAUACCUUGGGAUGUUUCUGAAUAUGAAUACAUUCCCAUUUUUUAAAUAGCCUAUCAGCCGCUCACAAACUGGGUAAGGAAACAGUAUCAGUGUUGUCCCCAAAGGAAGGGAAAUGAGGGCUAGUAAUUUUGUUUGAUCUGUCAGCUCCAUAUUAACGAUGCAUGGUAUAUAACAACCAGAUCACUUUCCCCAGCCUCAACAGCACUGAAUCAUUUUCAUCUGAUCUCUCCAUGGCUGUAAACAGCAGACCCUUGUGUCAUGACUGGUCAUCUAGGAACCAAGUUAGAGUCCAGAAACAGAUGUGUUUGGGAAUUAUCUCCCCUUUGGUUAGAAUUUGGCCUCCCAAUCACCAAUCCAAGACAUUUACUAAUCCACAAAUUUUGAAGAUAUUCCAAGGCAAGCAGCUUGAUUCCAUUUUAUUUGACUGCCCCAGUCCACAAGUAAAGUUAGAUGGGUAUUGAAAGAUACUCUUCCUAGGCUUGAAGAACAAGUUUUCGUAAGUGUGUUACUGUGGAUGUCAGUGCUCAGUUCCUUACUCAGAAAAGGAUGGAGUUGUAAGGGGUUAAACUGAACCAUCCUACACCAGUUCUGAUAACUUUUGGUAUCCAUUUGCAAGGCCAAUGGCCAGGGCUAAAGAUGUAAUUUAGACCGGGUAGUUUUUCUUUAAAUGAAACUAAUUGGCUCUUACUUGAGGUCAGCUUUAGCCUUGACCUUACCAGCACCACAUUCAUACCCACUAGCAGUUGACUGGCCUAAAUAGUUUUUUAAAUGGUGCUUCCCUUAUGCUUCUCAGUGGACGUCCGUGCCAUUGCAAAGGAAAUUAUCUAAUGUUCAUGUGUUUUAUGACUUUCAUGAGUUUUCUGAGUAAAUGUAACUUCCCCUCAACAUAGAGUUUAUGUAUUGUUAAGAGUUAAGUGUAAACACUCCAAGCUAACACUCUAAAACUAAUUAGCCCUUGCUUUGAUAAAAAGCAUGUACUUGGCAUUGUUCUAUCUAAAUGAUUAAUUUUCUCAGGCUUUUGAAGAGUUAGGUCUUUCUUGUUUUUCCUCAUUUUGGGUUUACAUGCUCUUGGCCCCAAUCCCCUGGGGUUUGAGUGAACUGGAAGUCUGUGGUGGUAAAUCUCUCUUCGGGUCACCUGGGUGAAAGUGACUGAUGGAAAAAAAAUGGGGCCAUAGGUUCUUUCUGGUGGAGGAGGUUCCUUCUGCACCCUCCCAUCUGACCUGGAGCAUGCGCCACUCAACCAUGACUGCCGUAUUCCUGGGCCAGGACAUGCAGCAGUAGCAGGACCUUUCAGUCCUCACAUGGACAAGAGAUAGGCCACCACCAUCCCCUUCAGAGUCAGUUACUGGCCAGCCAAACAAAAGGUGUUUUCUCUAGUUUAAAAGGUGGAAAUCAGGUUUGGUAUUAGAAUUUUCUAAGUGCCUAAAAUAGUAAGCCAGGCUGUUUAUACAGAAACAUUUUUAUAAGACAGUAUACUCAGAGGCAUCUCAGGAAGCCAAGAGGAACCCGAUUUCAGAUUCAGGAUCUUGAGUUUUUGUCUGCAUCACAUCGCAUAGUUGACUUGAAGUAUUUCCCUUUGAAAAGUUAGGGAGAGGACAAAGGGAUAGUGUUCAGAGCUAUCAGAUUAGGUUGUUAUGUUAUGGUUUCUCCAAGGCAGAGGCGAGGUAUUGAAUGAAUGGCAGCAAAAAGGGUAAGGAAGACAGAAAGUAACUGGACUUACUGCACAAUAUGUAAAAGUCACUUAUUUUAAACUAAAUUCCAAGAGAAGAGCAGGAUAUCUAAUGUACACAGGUCUAUGAAUAUCCUGUGGAAUAAGCCCAGGAAGGAUGGAUGAAUUUGCCAAUAGUGUUGCAAAGGGUCCUUCUUUAAGUAAAAACAAAUAUUCAAAGCACAGGCUUUAACUUAAACUCUGUAAUAAAGUAUGACAAGGAAUCUUUUUUAUCAAGUGUCAAUAGAAAGUUAAGAAUCAAGGGAUUCAAGUAAUUUAUUCAUUGCCACUGCUUGCCAUCAUUUUGAAAAUUAAGAUGGGGAUAGUGGGGCCUGCAUCAGAAAGCAAAUCCGAUGGCUUCAGCCACAUCCAUGCCCUGGGUGCAGUCGCCCUGCAGAAGAACAUUACAUUUUUUUCAAGGGAAAAUGCUUGUUGGUUUUUCCUCUUUUACUUUGUAUUUACUUUUAAAGUUGUACUUGUUCUCACCUACCAGUGUUUACAAAAUCCUAUAUUUGGGAUGCUUUUUCUAAAAUAAUAAAAUAUUAUCUUUUGUGUGU